UCUGAUUGGCUGAGGAGCGCACCAGCUCUGAGUAAAGCAAAGGAUGCCAGAGUGCUCAGGCAGUGCAUGGAUGGACGAGAUGCAAGCAGGGGACGACGGCGAGCAAGCGGGGCACACAUUGUUAUGAUUUUGCUUUGCAGUUCAGUAGUAGCCUUGAAACUUUGAAACACUAUUUUACUGAGGGAAGAAGUAUUUCGGCACAUCUCGCUACAAGUUAAGUGUGAUGUUUUGGCCGCAUGUUGUAAAAUCCCUCUCACCACCACCACCUCCUCCUCCUCCUCCGCCACCGACACGUCCUCUCAGGAGUGAUGGGUUCCAAGUUGACCAGACAGAGAAGUCUCGAUUUUGAGAGCAAACUGUCCAAGAGGAGACGGCAGAGGAAUGACAACCCGGGAGAAAGCGAGAGAAGUGGCGGCAGAGGCGGCGGGGACUUCUUGUUUACCUCCUUGAUGCUCAAGUCCGACAAGCUCCCAGGGAUGCUGCGGAAAACCAACCACAGCCCGUAUGUCAGACGGGUGGCUUGGAUCCGGGAGAUCCAGAUGCUUCUGCGUGAGCAGAAGAUGGAGCAAGCGGUUGAAGUGCUCAAACUGCUGAGAAAGGAUUUGGGACUCCAGGGAACGUCUCUCAAUGACAUUUUGUACAAGAACGCAGCUUUCCUCAACCUGGUGGACCCCAUUUCCCACGAGCUGCUGCUCAGUCUCGCCCGGGACCUGCAGUGUCCAAAAAGGGAGACCGACUCGUUCAAGUCCACCAACAAGAUCUGCCGCCAGCUGAUUUACCACCUGACCCCUCACUCCAAGUGGAAGAGACAGAGCGUGCCCAGAAGGAAGUCUCAGGCCUGCAGCCUGAAGACCACCCUGAAGAAGAAACUGUCCGGUGAUGUGGUCAACCUUUCAGGUAUCCCGCUGUCUGGCCGAGACGUCCACCGCGUGGCCUUCUACCUCCAGAGUAGCAGUGACGCGGUGUCGGCCGUGGACCUGAGCUUCACAGAGCUGCAGGACGAGAGCUUACGGCUGCUGUUGCCCUACCUCGGCUGCAUGCCGAAACUGACCAUACUAGCCGUCAACGGCAACCGUCUGACUCUGGCCAUCCUGAAAGACCUGACAGACGCAGUAAAGGAUCCUAAAAAGUUCCCCUGCCUGGCCUGGGUUGACCUGGGCAACAAUGUCGAUAUCUUCACCGUGCCACAGCCGCUGCUCGUGGCCCUGCGACGCCGCUUCGGUUUACGCAGUAGCCUCCCCACUAUUUAUGAGUACAGAGAGGCGCAGGCAUUUGGUGGCUACAACCCAAACAUGGAGACCUCUGUGGAGGAGCCCAGUCUGUACGAGGAGGGAGAUGGAGAGGAAGAUGAUAGAGAGGAGGAGGAGGACAGGCUGGAGCUUCGAGCCUGGGGCUUUGGAGAAGAAAACAUGUCAAAAAAUGUGCCAGUGCACUUCUGUGGGAGGUGAUCGCCCAGAGCUGCUCCUGUGUUAGCAGGUGUCAUUGUGGCAGAUGCUUACAGUGACCCACAUGUUUCUGAAAAUAACUUUAAAAUAAGUAACUGUGUUGUGCGUCCCUCUGGAUGCUCUGACUACUGAAACUCAGCUAUGAGAUACAGGCAGCUCUGUGGUUGUACUGACACUAGGAAUUUAUUUAUGGAUCGAUUCAAGUUUAGCUGAACAUGUUUGCUGUUUUCCAGUGCUUUAUGUUCUUAAGGUGUUAUGCUCUCACACCAAGACACUUCCCAUUAUUUGCCACUGUCCACUGGAGCAGCUGGGGGGUUAAGUGCCUUGCACAAGGGCACCUCAGCGGUAGCAGUUGAGGAAGGAGGAAGCUUUACCAACUCACAUUCCCCAGGUACAUUUACCCAGCUGGUUCAGCCUCUCUGGCAACUUUACUGCUCUCUCUGCCCCAUUUCUGUGAAAGGUCUAAAUCAGUCAAAGUGACUAAAUAUCCUGCUGAGGAUCAGUUUAAUUUCAACUGUAAUUUUUGCUAUGAUAUAUAUGUUUUUAGUUAUAAUAACUCAAAUGCAGUGAGAUUAGUUUCACAUAAAAAAGUUUUGGGCAUUUAUUCAGGAAAUAUUUUGAAAUAAAUGCCGAUUCGUGGUAAGUAAAUCACUGAAUCUGUUUUAAUUUAAAUUUCCAGCGCUGAUGCUUCAAUAAGUGUUGAUAUAGUGAUGCUGCAGCUGUAUGGAGAAAAAGCCUCAGCCCGAUGCAGACACAUGCAGACGACACAUGGAGUGUUUGAGCUGCUGAUUGAACUGAUUACUGCUUCUAUCAGGCCUCGUUAGACCCCUUCAGGCACAGAUGGUGAGCAGGGGAUCUAUUUUUUCCCACCAAAUAGGACCAGUCCCAGAUAAUUUCAUCCACUGGUGGUUUAUGAAGGAUUCUAUUUAUGAAUCAGACCAUGAGCAACAAGAAAGAUGCCAAUUCUGUUUUUAAAGGCAUACGUGGAAUUGACAAUGAAACUAUUACAGACAGCUCCACUUUUAUCUUCUCCUCUGUGGCACCACAGAGUGUACAUGAAUCUUUGUUGUGGCAUGAAUAAAUGUUCUUUUUGAAUUUGUCUUUUUUUUUACGUGUGGUUCUCCUCUAUCCUUUUUUAUUGUUUUUAAAAAAUGGGCCUCACUGUUUACUAUAGGGCAAUAUUAGAUCCCACAGACAGAGUGCAUGUUUACAUGUACGUUAAUGUUCAUUAUUUAGGGGGGGUACUUUUGAUAAAAAUUGCAGCAUGUGAACACAACUGUACAAGCCCACACUUUAUCCUGCCUACAGAUGUUAAUGUGGACUGUUCUCUUUCCAUGCUAUUAUUCAGGAAAAUCUGUUUAUUUGUGUCUACAGGGAUAUUAAUGAACAGGAUGCUUGGUUUGGUGUGUGUGUGUGUGUGUGUGUGUGUGUGUGUGUGUGUGUGAGAGAGAGAGAGAGAGAGAGAGAGAGAGAGAGAGAGCUUAAUUGGAGUGUGUGCAUGAGUGUGUUGUGGACAUGCAGAGUAAAUUACUACCUUUGAUCGUCGAAAUGAAAUGUUUACUCAUUUGCACUUUAAGGACGACUCCGUCCCUGAAUGCACAAGCUUUGUUUUUAUGGGUUGUUGUUGACAUAAAAACAACUCACUGAGUUGCCCAUAUCCUAAAAUAGAUGUUUUAUCUUAACUUCUUGAUUUGAUAGAUAAAUCACCAGCCUUCAUACAAAUCAGUUAUAACUUCAGUUAAUUUUUGCCUCAUUAAAUCAUGGUCUGCUUUUAAAGUAAAAGUGAUGUUUGCCUGCUGUUGCUUCAAAAAUAAAUAUGGUUUGAAUAACA